UUCAAUCUUUUGGAGAGGGGUGUCGGAACACUUUAAUUACAAAAUUUUAUAGUAUAUUUUGAAUUACUCUACUCUAAACAUAGAAAAAUACUAUUAAAAAUAUGUUCUGCUUUCUGCAGAUUUGAUACGUGGUAACAAAAAUAAUAAUGUAACAUAUAGAAUUUCCAUCUAGAACAAGAAAAUAGGAUUUUCCGUGUUGAAUUCAGCCUAGUUGGAGUUGUUUAGAGCAUGCUACAUUUGUGUUAGAAGACUGCUUUGGCUCCCCCACCCACGAUGCCUCUGUUCGGCAACACCUUCAGCCCUAAGAAGACCCCUCCUCGGAAGUCCGCCUCUUUGUCCAAUCUGCACACACUGGACCGGUCCACCAGGGAGAUAGAAUUAGGUCUGGAGUAUGGUGCCCCUGUAAUCAACCUUGGUGACCAGAGUUUGAAGUUCGAGGAGGGACAGUGGAUCUCAGAGUCCGGAGGCAGUGUGUCAGGGAGGGAAAUGCAGAGGCUGAAGAAGCGCAACCUGCAGCUGGAGGAGGAGAACAACCUGCUGAGGCUGAAGGUCGACAUCCUGCUGGACAUGCUGUCAGAAACCACAGCUGAGUCUCACCUAAUGGAGAAGGAACUUGAAGAGGUGAAGACUCAAAAUCGGCGGAAGAAGUGAGAGGGCCUAUAGCGGAUGAAUUCAGUUAUAACAGAUCUGCCUAUUUAUGUAAGGAUGACAUGCAGUGAUUUACCACGCUUUUAUAUAGGUGUAUAAUGUUUUAUAUAAAAGCCACAUGUGACAUUUUUAUGUUGCCAGUUGCUGAUACGAAGCGUUGAAUAGUCUGGGAAUGGAUUUAGAGAAUUAGACCAGCAGGACUGACUGUUGGAAAGGGUUACCUAUCUAAGCUGCACUGUAUGAGCUGAGCUGAUAGAAAUGUACCUUGUAUUUUUCCAAUGCUACAUUCCAUCACUAAUGGGUCACUUUUCAGUUUUGGCCUUUUCUACAAAAGUACAAUUUAUAAAAUGUGCUUUUUUUAAUUUAUAAAUGCUGGACUUAAACAGGUCCAUCUGACUGACAGGUUCUGGGUGACAGAACAGUAUAUUAGGCCUGAGUAAACAGAACAAAAACUCAUGAGAGCUAAUCCACACACUGCAAGAAGCAAAAUUAAUAGGGUGCCUUCAGUCCUCUGUUAAGAUAAUGACUGACAAACACACUCCUUGUCUUGUUCUGUUUAAUCUGUUUCCAAACGUUCCAGUGUAGAGAACAAAUAAUGUUAAUAUAUUUGUUUAGAAACCCACUGUGAUGUUUGUUAAUGUGAUGUCAAAUACAUUUUUAAAAAUGUA